GCCCUUCUUCGCGCGAUCUUGCCCCAGACCCGUAGGAGAAAACACCCCCCCUCCGGGCACGAUCUGUCACCGCUCACUCAUUUGCCGGGAGAGCAUCCGGAAACUAUGUUAAAUGCGCCAAGCGAUGCGCCGGGCUCUGUCAUAAAGGAGGCGUCGGGAGGAUUCCGCUCGGAUCUCAGUGUGGAGGGAGCAGGUUUCAACAGUUGACGCGGAGAGAACUGAGCGCAGAGGAGGAAGAAAAAAAAAAGCGAUUCAUUUUGAUUAUCUCUCCCUUUUCUCCCCUUUUUUUUGUCUUUUUCCUCUUGCAAGGGGGGGGCCAGUGCACGGGAGCAUUGUCCGGAUGAAGGAUGUAAGAGCACCGGUUCCAAUUGCGCUGGAUUAUGGGAUUAUUAGUAUCAUCAUCAGCGGACUGAUUAUUGCAGGACAAUCGUCGGGCGCGCACGCCAAAAGAAGAGAAAGAAAGUCGCGGCCGUGCCACAGAUGCUCUUGAAUGACGGGGGAGCACAAAAGGUUUGGAGAGAGGAGUAACAGCCCCUGUUCCACUUUGUGGCAUGGGCAGGCUGCGUAUGCAACGGCGAGCGGAGCCCAUAUGCAACAGUGUGCCGCACCGGAGGAAAGAAAGUAAACGCGACCGUGGCUGCGGUGUAGCAGCGGGGCAAAAUGCAGCAUUUUGAAACGGGCAUGUGUGUCCGGGGUUUUCACGCCGAGGUGUAGAUGUCGCAUGAGGGCAAUGCGCUUUUGUGAGGCUACGGUCUAACCUUCAGCGAAGCAGAUCCAAACGCUUUAACCUUGGAAAGCAGUGGGGAAUAUUAAUACUUUAUAGUCAUCGAUUAUUCAUUAAGAGGUGGGGGAGAGAGAGAAAAAAAGAAACAACAAAGCAUGUUCUUCCGACACUAUGUUGGAUUUGAUGUUUAAUUCAUGCAUCAUGUGUCGUCGGGCGGUCAUCUUUGUUUACACAGAGAGUUCAUCAUAGCCCGGUUGUGGCAUGUUGGAAGAGGUUAAUGCACCGAUUGAAAGGAGAUAACGAUUCGGGGAUCGAUUUAAUACCCAAUUAGUGCGAGGUCCGUGUCAGCCACAUGCCUGGUUUGGGUUUAGUCCUGUAGGAUUCUGCUGUAAUCAACAGGUUGAAAGUCAACGAGGAUUUUUUUUUCUUCUCCUGCCUGCCACACAUAUCCAGUUGAAGGGAUGCGUCUCUCUGUACCCAUUUUCUUUCUACUGUGGGUUAAAGCCCUGACAUUGAAAAAUCUCAAUUAUUCCGUCCCCGAGGAGCAGGGACCCGGCACUGUUAUAGGCAAUAUAGCAAAAGACGCCGGGUAUGGGACUAUGGAGCGGGGGAAGAAGUCCAACUUCAGAGUUCUGGAGAAUUCUGCACCACACCUGGUGGACGUUGACCCGGAGAGUGGACUUAUCUUCACCAAACAAAGGAUUGACAGGGAGACGUUGUGCAGACGAAACCCCAAGUGCCAGCUCUCAAUGGAGGUGUUUGCCAAUGACAAGGAAAUAUGCAUGAUCAAGAUUGAUAUACAGGACAUAAAUGACAACUCGCCCGGUUUUCCUUCAGAUCACGUUAACAUUGACAUCUCGGAAAACGCAGCUGCUGGCACACGCUUCCCCCUGACUAUUGCACAUGACUCGGAUUCUGGGGAAAAUGGGAUAAAGACCUACCAGGUCACCAGAGAUGAUUACAAUACCUUCUCUUUGGAUUUAAAAGUGAGGGGUGAUGGGACUAUAUAUCCAGAGCUGGUGGUUCAGAGACCUCUGGAUAGGGAGGAUCAGAGUCAUCACACCCUCCUCCUCACAGCAAUUGACGGUGGGGAGUAUCCAAGAUCAGGCUCCAUGCAGAUCAACGUCAGAGUGACUGAUUCCAAUGACAAUAGCCCCGUUUUUGAAAAAUCCUCGUACAUAAUAGAGAUUCCAGAGAAUUCACCGCCUGGAAAAGUACUUAUAGAUUUGAAUGCCACUGAUCAAGAUGAGGGCAGCAACGGCCAGGUGGUCUAUUCCUUCACUGGAUAUGCAUCCGAGAGAAUCCAAGAUUUGUUCUCCAUUGACCCCAAUACCGGUGUAAUCAAGGUCCAGGGAGAAAUUGACUAUGAAGAGAAUCCAAUCAUAGAGUUCGACGUGCAGGCUAAAGAUUUGGGGCCCAACCCGAUACCCGGCCACUGUAAAAUUACAGUCAAAGUGCUGGAUAAAAAUGACAACUCGCCAAUUAUAAGUUUUGUUUCCGUCCGACAAGGUGCCAUCAGCGAGGCGGCACCUUCAGAAUCCGUCAUAGCGCUGGUCAGGGUGACGGAUAAAGAUUCUGGACGAAACGGUCAGCUUCAGUGCCGAGUGCUGGGAAACGUCCCCUUCAGGCUGCAGGAGAACAACGACAAUUUUUAUACGCUUCUCACAGACAGACCUCUGGACAGGGAAAUGAAAGAUGAAUACAAUGUGACAAUAGUGGCGAGAGAUAAUGGGAUCCCCUCUUUGAACUACACCAAGUCAUUUACUGUGAAAAUCUUGGAUGAGAACGACAAUCCGCCACGCUUUACAAAGACUAUUUAUGUGCUACAGGUGCCUGAGAACAACAUCCCGGGGGAGUAUCUGGGCUCCGUUCUAGCCCACGACCCAGAUGUUGGUCGAAAUGGAACAGUGUCGUACUCCAUUCUGCCAUCGCAUAUCGGAGAUGUUUCAGUGUACACCUAUGUGUCUGUUAAUCCCACUAAUGGAGCCAUAUAUGCCUCGCGCUCUUUCAAUUAUGAGCAAACAAAAUCCUUUGAGUUCAAAGUUCAGGCGAAAGACGGAGGAUCUCCCCACAUGGAGAGCACUUCUAUAGUCAGGGUCAACAUCCUUGACGUUAACGACAAUCUCCCAGUUAUUAUUUUACCCCUCCUGCAGAAUGAUACAGCGGAAAUCCCAGUGCCUAGAAAUGUAGGUAUUGGCUACAUUGUUACUACUGUGAAAGCGGUGGACCACGACCACGGAGAAAGUGGCCAUUUAACCUACGAGAUCACAGAGGGAAACGACGACCACCUGUUUGAAAUGGAUCCAGUGGGAGGAGAGGUCAGAACUGCCCAUGCUCUGUGGGAGGAAGUCGCCCCAGUGGUUGAGCUGGUGGUGAAGGUAACUGACCAUGGCAAGCCCCCCUUAUCUGCCGUUGCUAAGCUGAUCAUUAAGGCGAACACAGAAACGGCACCAGGAGGGGGUGCCAGCACGAGCGGGGAACAGCAGCACUGGGAUGUAUCCCUGCCCCUCAUAGUUACCCUCUGCAUUAUCUCUGUCAUGCUCUUAGCAGUCAUGACCGCCAUCGCUGUCAAGUCCAAGCAUCAAGAUAAGGAGACUGGGAAUUAUAACUGCCGCAUGGCUGAGUACUCCAAUCCUCCAGUGGGGAAGGGCAAAAAGAAAAGGAUCAACAAGAGUGACAUCAUGCUGGUGCAGAGUGAGAUGGAGGAGAGAGAUUCCGCGAGCCGGAUGAACGUGGUGAGCAGCCCCUCUCUCAUCACUUCACCCAUAUGUUUUGACUACCAGAGCCCUCUGCCACUCACGCUGCCCAGGUCAGAGGUCAUGUACCUGAAAACCACCCCAAACAGCCUGACAGUCCCCAGGGCAGGUUGCCACUCCAGCUUUGCCGGGCUUAGCACAGACACUCCAGCGAAUAGGAUGUCAGUGAUACAGACAGAAAAUUUCACCUCAGAGUCCAAUUACGCUGGCAGCAGGCAACCGUUCGUUCAAAGCUCAACAUUUAAGGAUGCAGAACGAGCAAGCCUCCGAGACAGUGGCCAUGGUGAUAGUGACCAGGCUGAUAGUGACCAGGAUACUAAUAAAGGCUCACACUGCGACACGUCUGCCAGAGAGGCCCUCAAGAUGAAAGCAACAGCGGUAAAUGGCCAGCCUUUUGAGCAGGAGCAAGACAAAUCAGUCCACUGCACCGAUGAAUGUCGUGCACUGGGACAUUCUGACAGAUGCUGGAUGCCAAAGUUACGGGUAGGAAGCCAAGCAGACAGCGCCGAUAAUCGCACCAACCUUUUCAUCCCUGUGGGAAUGGAUGCCAUGGUAGAGACAGAGAUUUAUGGCACCAUCAGUUGCAGCAGCAGAAAAACCCUCAGCACGUUUGGGAAGGAGCAGCGGGACAGUACAAUCCUCGUGGCCAAUGUCAAACCUUACUUAAAAUCGCAGCGUGCACUAAGCCCACCGCUACAGGAGAGUCCAUCUGCGUCCAGCAGUCCCAGCAAGAGCAGCAUGCCCCUGGACUUGGCCAACCAAGGGUCCAAAGAGGAGAGGGAGGGGGGUUCAAACAGCAGUGCCUACGGCCCUCCAGAUGGCCAGUGCUCCCCACUGCACACUGAAUUGGAGGAGCCGUCCUACCUGACCUGCGAGCUCAGGCCCAAGUCCCUGUCCAGCAGUCUCAUUCACAGCUCCGUCAUCAGCCAGGAGUGCGGGGGGUCAGAUUACGCUCUCGACCCGCGGGACACUGGCAACUGACAGGUCAGAGGAUCUCGCUCGCUCUCACCUGCCUGAGGUGAGCUGAUGAUAUCACAGAUUAAUGGCCGGGAGGUGAUAUACUCUUCUUUUUCUUCUUCUUCUUCUUCUUCUUCUUCUACUUCUUCUUCUUCGACCCACAGAGGUGUCCAGACACGCAUUGUAUAACCAAAAACCAUCUGCUGUGUAUGUUCUUUUAUUUCUUUUCGAGUCUGUGACUUGUUGUGUUCCAGUGGAAAUAUGUGUCCUUGACUGCUGUGAAGGUUUGGGGGGAGAAAUCAGCGCUUACCUGACUUCAAGUGUUUUCAUGGUGUUCCGUACCUGUCAGUUUAGAUGUCUGUAUUUUACACAUUUCAAGCUCCAAUUUUGUGAGGCUAUUGAACAAAUUGCUACUGUUAAGGUAUUGAGUCCCGUCUGCUUUUGUACAGUGAAGCUUUCUGUCUCCAUUUAGUGUAUAAGGAACAUCUCUUUGAGUAUCACAGGAAAAACACAUAUCAGUGACGUUACAUACAAAAAGUGAAGUGUCUUAUGAACUGUUAAUGGUGGUGCAACAGGGAAUGUCCCUUUUCAUAAAAACCAUUCGAGGUUCCUGUAAAAAAAAAAAAAUCAACUACAAUUUUUUAAGAAUGUAUUUGUAAUUUUAUUGUCGUCCUCUCCGCAGUUUGUGUGAAAAUAAGCCGAGCUUACACGUGAAUGUGGGCUUCUGUACUUGUUGUGUAUUUUAUUAAAUUUCUAUACACCGUG